AUGUCCUUGUCCUGUGGAUCUAGCAGGACUUGUGAGACAGAUCCUCCGUGGUCCCCAUUUCACUUGAUGCAAGCAUCUGGAAUUGGAGGACCAGAACAUGAAUGUGAGGCUGACCGUGAGUACCAGGUACAAGUAAGAAAACCUAUAGAAGCUGACUGUGAGUACCAGACACAAUUAAGAAAACCUAUAGAGGCUGACCGUGAGUACCAGACCCAAGAAAGAAAACCUAUAGAGGCUGACCGUGAGUACCAGGCACAAGUAAGAAAACCUAUAGAGGCUGACCGUGAGUACCAGGCACAAGUAAGAAAACCUAUAGAGGCUGACCAGGCUGACCGUGAGUACCAGACCCAAGAAAGAAAACCUAUAGAGGCUGACCGUGAGUACCAGACCCAAGAAAGAAAACCUAUAGAGGCUGACCGUGAGUACCAGACCCAAGAAAGAAAACCUAUAGAGGCUGACCGUGAGUACCAGGCACAAGUAAGAAAACCUAUAGAGGCUGACCACCAAGAAAGAAAACCUAUAGAGGCUGACCGUGAGUACCAGACCAUAAGAAGAAAACCUAUAGAGGCUGACCGUGAGUACCAGACCCAAGAAAGAAAACCUAUAGAGGCUGACCGUGAGUACCAGGCCCAAGAAAGAAAACCUAUAGAGACUGACCGUGAGCACCAGGCACAAACCCAAGAAAGAAAACCUAUAGAGGCUGACCGUGAGUACCAGGCACAAGAAAGAAAACCUAUAGAGGCUGACCGUGAGUACCAGACCCAAGAAAGAAAACCUAUAGAGGCUGACCGUGAGUACCAGGCACAAGAAAGAAAACCUAUAGAGGCUGACUGUGAGUACCAGACCAAAGAAAGAAAACCUAUAGAGGCUGACCGUGAGUACCAGGCACAAGAAAGAAAACCUAUAGAGGCUGACCAGGCUGACCGUGAGUACCAGACCCAAGAAAGAAAACCUAUAGAGGCUGACCGUGAGUACCAGGCACAAGAAAGAAAACCUAUAGAGGCUGACUGUGAGUACCAGACCAAAGAAAGAAAACCUAUAGAGGCUGACCGUGAGUACCAGGCACAAGAAAGAAAACCUAUAGAGGCUGACCGUGAGUACCAGGCCCAAGAAAGAAAACCUAUAGAGGCUGACCGUGAGUACCAGGCAUAA